AUGGCGUCGGCGCUGCUGGUGACGCUGGUGGCCGCGGUGGCCGUGCUGGCCGCGGGGGUGGAGGCACAGUGCCCCAAACCUGCUGACCUGCCACCUGUCAACGGCACGCGGGUGUGCGCCCAGCUCUACGCCGACAACAGCCCCUACUACAACCAGUGCUGCGCCGGGGACGUGCUGGUGGUGCUGCCCAACAGCGACGCGCCCUACAUGCCCCGAGGGUGGUCCGCCCGCGCCUCCUCCCUCGUGGUGGGCACCAGGUGCGAGCUCACCGUGUGGUCGCGCCGCGGCAAGAAGGGCAACUCGCGGAAGUUCAGUGCCAGCGCGGUGCCGCGGCUGCAGGAGGUGCGCCGGGGGCUCUUUGGAGACUGGAACGACGCCAUCCGGGGCUACUACUGCACCUGCAAGUGA